GUCUAGUGUCUGAUCUGUCAAUCGUCUAAAAACAUCAACUAUUCUAGUGUGAAAUGUGUAUCUCCCUUUAAAACAAAUUUUCUAUGUAGGCGAGAUCGACCACUAUUAAGUAAAUGCGCGAAUAUAGUGUUAAGAAGUGUGUGCUGUCUUGACCAGUUUCAAUGUUCACCGGGUCAAUUCGUGUGAAAAUAUGCGAGGCACAAGGCUUGAGACCGACGGACUGCUCCAAACGCCACAACAUGGCGUUUGGGAAAAACGACGAUACGCAGCUGAUGGAUCCCUAUGUGACUAUAGACGUCGACGAUGAUACUCAUGUAGCCCAAACAACCGCGAAGGCGAAAACCCUAGACCCUGUGUGGAACGAACUUUUCGAACACACUGUGGAAAACGCGAGAACAAUAACUUUUACAGUCUUUCACGAUGCUGUCAUCUCUCCAGACGUUUUUGUUGCUAAUUGCAGCAUUCAUUUCGAAGAUAUAAUGACUACAGAGAAAGAAAAAGAAGAAAAUGAUUUGUGGGUUAAUUUGGAACCAAAAGGAAGACUGCAUUUAAAAAUUGAACUGAAAACAUCGAAUGAAUAUGGAGCGAAACCAAGAGAAUUCAAGGAGCGGCAAGGCUUCAACAGAAGAAGAGGGGCUAUGCGAAGAAGAGUACAUCAGGUUAAUGGUCACAAAUUUAUGGCAACCUUCUUGAGACAACCUACAUUUUGCUCCCAUUGUCGUGAUUUCAUUUGGGGAUUGGGCAAGCAAGGCUAUCAAUGUCAAGUUUGCGCCUGUGUAGUUCACAAAAGAUGUCAUUUGCAAGUCGUUACAAGUUGUCCAGGUACAAAGGUCGAGUCAAGCCAACAGAGUACCAGAUUCAAUGUGAACUUACCUCAUCGUUUUGUAGUCCAUACUUACAAGAAGUUUACUUUUUGUGACCAUUGCGGUUCUUUAUUGUAUGGACUGUUCAAGCAAGGGUUGCACUGCGAGGUGUGCUCUCUCAAUGUCCACAAGAGAUGUCAAAAAAACGUGGCGAACAACUGCGGUAUUAAUACGAAACAGAUGGCUGAAAUACUUACGGCCAUAGGGGUAUCACCUGAUAAACAAACACCAAGAAGAGCUACAAAGUAUAUUUCUGGCCCAGGCAAUGGCAGCUCUGAGGCUGGUGGGGAAAAUCAAGCAUCCGAACAGACUGUUGAUAAUCAAGGGAAAUUGGUGGAGGAAAAAUUGCAUAAUAAUGUUUCAGGAAGAGAUGGAAGCCAGACAAAGGUUGGGUUGGAGGAAUUCACCUUCAUUAAAGUUCUCGGUAAAGGAAGUUUUGGCAAAGUUAUGUUAGCUGAGAAAAAGGAUACUGAGGAAAUAUACGCCAUUAAAGUGUUGAAGAAGGAUGUUAUCAUACAAGAUGAUGAUGUUGAUUGUACCAUGACAGAAAAACGAAUAUUGGCUUUAGCCGCUAAACAUCCUUUUCUCACAGCUUUACAUUCUUGUUUCCAGACUGCAGAUAGGUUGUUUUUCGUAAUGGAAUACGUGAAUGGUGGCGAUCUGAUGUUUCAAAUACAACGAGCCAGGAAGUUUGACGAAGCACGUGCAAGGUUCUAUGCUGCCGAGGUUACUCUUGCUCUCCAGUUUUUGCAUAAGAACGGCGUUAUAUAUAGGGAUCUCAAAUUGGACAACAUUUUAUUGGAUGCUGAGGGACAUUGCAAACUGGCUGAUUUCGGAAUGUGUAAAGAGGGUAUCUUAGAUGGUACUACCACAACUACUUUUUGUGGAACGCCGGACUACAUAGCACCAGAGAUCUUGCAGGAACUUGAAUAUAGCGCUAGCGUCGAUUGGUGGGCUUUAGGUGUUCUCAUGUAUGAAAUGAUGGCUGGUCAACCUCCUUUUGAGGCAGAUAAUGAAGAUGAUCUGUUUGAAUCCAUUCUUCAUGAUGACGUUCUAUAUCCGGUGUGGUUGAGCAAAGAUGCCGUCAACAUACUGAAGGGUUUCAUGAUAAAGAACCCCAGUCGCAGAUUAGGGUGUGUUGCAGCUCAUGGCUACGAGGCUGCCAUAAGGGUGCAUCCUUUCUUCAAGGAAAUUGACUGGGUUGCUCUAGAACAUAGAAGGAUUAAGCCACCAUUCAAACCGAAAAUUAAAAAUAAGAAGGAUGCCCUGAAUUUCGAUGCUGAAUUUACAAAGGAGGAACCUAUUCUUACACCAGUUACACAAGAAGUACUGGUGUCCAUAAAUCAGGAUGAGUUUAGAGAUUUUUCCUUUGUCAACAAGGACUACAAUCCUGGGAGGUUCGUAGCUGAAUAAACUUGUACUCUUCACACUACUGAGAAUAUUAAAAAAACACUUGAACUUAGCGCAUUUGACGUUUAGUAUUUAUCGAAUAUUAGUUUGAGAAAGGGAGGUUCAGUAGAUGGUCAUACACUAUAAAUAUAGAAUGAUCAAUUGUUUUUUUAAUGUUACUGGGGUCAAUACCUCCCUAAAAAAAAAUGUUUUGUUUUAUUUGAUCUAAUUCUUUCAUAGGAAAAUUAAGACAUUCUUUUGAACCUCUUUUUGUUUCUGCAAUCAGGUUGAGAACAGCUUUAAAGUUAAAAUAUAGAUGUUCAAGAUUUUUUAUGUUGUCGAUUAGCGAUUUACUCAUCGAGAUGUAUAUCGGUCGAACCUCAUAUUGUAAUUUAAGAAGACAGAGUUUAUCUGAAUAAGUUGACAAAAUGUAUAGAUAAGUGCUUGAAAAAUUGCAAAAAAAAAUUUAUGUUGUGUUCAUGAAUAUGUUCUUUUCAAGUAUUACAAAUAUUACUUUUAUUCAGAAAAUAUGUAAAAAUAAGGUUAUAAGAAUUUAGGGCAAUGAUAAAUUCAGUUUAUUCAGUAUAAAGUUACCUUAUUUGGAAAUUUGUGGAAACAAAAGAGGCCAUCAAAAAAGGGAUAAAAGAAAGUACUAGUACGAGACUCAAUCCUAAAACACUAGGUUUCUAUGCCAUACCCUGUACAAUGUGUCUGGUGCUUUGGACAUUUUACCUACCGUUUUGCGUGUAUUUCCCAUAUAAAUUCAGUGAAUUGGAAAUAAUAUUUCAACAUCUGUUAAAACAUUUAUCCAGGCACCAAAUCUUUGGAUUUCAUCAGUCAGUCAGUACUUUACAAAUGCUAUGAGACCUUUGUAUGUAUACUAAAGAUGGGCAGUAAAAUUCAAUUCAGAGUUAUUAGUACAAUAAAAUUCAUUUAAUCGAAUAAGAUUCACACACAUCUGAAGGAGUUUCAAUUAUAGUGCAACAUGUCAUUCUAUACCUUGAACAUUUUUAAAAAAAUAAUUGAAACGAUGACGUCAAUUAUUAAUUAUUUUUUGUGAAUCAAUUAAUGAAGAUUGAUAUUGCCAUUAUUAUUCCUUCAAAAAUAUUUUAUCCCUUGAAACAUAUAUAGAAGUGUGCACAUUUUGAAUGAGUACAACCAGUAGAUGUCUUUUGGAACAAUGACGGUAAUAACUAUUUUCGAUUAUGUAUCAUUUAAAAUUAAUAAGAUCUGUUUUGGAGUGAGUAAACGCAGAGGGAUUAUAGAAUCUUUCAAAUGCAAAUUCUGCAUGCCUAGUCCAAUCUCAAAUCUGUUACACUUUUGUAGAUUCUACAAAUAUUCCUCAUUAUUGAUUUUAAUGCUUCAAACAAGCGGUGGUAACUCAUAUUAAAUAUUCAAGUUAUUUUCUGAAAUUAAUAUGUAUCCUAAUUAUUUGAAAAUAAUUGAAAGACUAAGUGUACUAGUUCUUUCUUAUCUCGCUCAAUGACUUCUUUUUUCUUCCAACAAAAUCACAAAAUCAGUUUUAAUAUUGAUGAAAUUAUUCGCUUCCAAUUUUUCACUUUGUAUAUUUGUAAGAAAAUUGUCGGGCUAUAGAGUCAGUCCCCCUGUUGUGAAUGAUACACAAGCCAAUAGACUAAAAGAAAGAAAAAUAUAUGUGAUGGAUAAUCAAAUAUUCAAGUAUACCAUGGAAAUACUCUGUUUGAAAAGAAUUAAUAAUAAGAAUGGGGCACAAGUUUACAAAUCAGUGAUUAUUGAUAAUUUUACCAAAUAAAUUGGGACUUCUUUGAAAGCUCUAGUGAGGAAAAAAAUGUUCUAAUUAGAUUCAAUGAUUCUUAUUCUUGGCCAGUUCUUGGUUUUUUUAGAGAAGGUGCUGCUCUAAACCUUUUGUGUGACCCAAAGUAUAACUGAAACCACCUUCUCUAAUAAAAUCAAGAAUAGGCCUAGACCAAGAAUCCUUUAUAUUUGUUGAUUUUAGGAAGCCACAAUUUUCUCAUUUCUACAUGAUACUUGAAUAAUUCAGGCAGAUCAAUGUUUUUGUAACAGAUUAUAGGCCAAAAUAAAGACCUCAAUGGUUUAAUAAUCUAUUUGAUUAUAAAUCACAUAUUUUGGGCUGAUCCACUACCUUGCUGUAAAAUUCUAUAUACGAUAAUUUUCUGAGCAAUCUAUGCUUACUCAAGUUUGUUAAAAAUUUUUGAAUAUAUCAACUCUUUUUACGUUGACAAGAUAAGAAGUAAUGAGGGAAUUGUUAUUAUAUCCAAUUGAAAAGCUGAUAAAAAGCCCAGAUUCUGAAACUGCUGAAUGUAAAGAUAAAUCGACCGGGUUGUGAGAUUUACUUUGGAAUCAAACGCACACUGUCAUGUUUCGUUGUCUAAUAGAAUUUGUGACCACGUAUACUGCCUGUGUGAAAAAAUUGAAAAAUUUUCAGAUAUCUUUAACAAAUUAGUUAUUUCAUAGUGAAAAUAUAUGUGAUUAACAACGCAUAAGUUGGAGCGUCCAAGACAAAAAAGAUUAUUGGACUGAGGUUGUAAGUACAGAAAUUUUGCAUGAUUAGGUAUAAAUUGAGUGCAAUAUAAUUUGUUGAAGUUUUCUUGAAUCGUCAUUUGGUUUUGGACGAUCCAGCUACAAACAGAAUGCAGUUUAUUAACAGAAAUUGAAAAUAGAAAAACGGAUUUAUAUUGUCACCAAAAAUUUUAACCAUAUUCUGAACUCCUUUGAGAUUGAGUGCUGAACAGAAAAUCUAAAUUUUUGAUACGUUAUUGUUAAUAUGAUUGUCAACUGUUACAAAUUAAUCAUUUUCAAAUUUAUAAUUUUAUUUAGAUAAAUACUGUUGAUAAUCAAGCAUUCUGUUUCUGCAGAAACUACCUAAAUGUAUUUCUUAAAGCUUUUAUAUAUGUUGUUUAUAUUCACCAAAGAUUAAUUUAUUUAUUAAAGAGAAGAUAUAAGUACUAUAAAUGUUAAAAAUAUAUAGUUUAAUAAUUGAGAAAAUGCAAUGUUGAAAUUUAGUAGAAUUUCUUUCACAUAUUGUGAAUGGUGAGAGUGAGUGGUGAAUUGCCUGUUUGGAGUCAGAGCAAGUCUAGUUUGUUCUAGUAUUCUUCAGUUUCCAUCGUCAAUGUCUUUUUGUUUAUUCGUAUAUAUUUAUGCUGGAAACUAGAGAAUAUGAAAACUUAUAUCAAAUCACACUGUAGUAUUGCAUUUGUAGGGUUUUUUGUUGAAUGUGAUGUUUGCAUCAUGCACUGAUAUAUUCGUUAUUGUCCAUUCAAAUUGUCAUAGAUAUAUGAAAUUGAAAAUUGCUUCUAUAAAUAUUCUUAAUUUCAGUCUUGGAGAUGCAAAUAUCUCAUGACAAAUAUUUUCAGGAAAUGUAUUCAUAAUACUAUAUUGUUGAAAAAGAUGUUUAUCAGUGUGGCUUAGGCUAUUCUUAAAAAAGUAGUUCAUAAAGAUUAAUCUUGCUAAAAUCUAGUAAAUGUGUAGAAAUUUUUACUGCUAAGUUGGCACCAGUUAUCAACAAUUUAAUGUUUUGCUGUUUUUAUGGGAAGUGGAAGGAAACAUCUUUUAAGGUUAUAUCAAAAAUUAUUGAGAAUGAAAAAAAAUUUAGUUAAUAUUCAGUUUUUAUUAAUAAUUAACUCGUCAAAUCUGAAAAAGUAGGUCUCAACUACUGGAUUCCAAAAUAUAUAAUACUUUCAUAUAUAGAAUUAAUAUCACAUUGAGUUUCACAGAUUCAAAUCACAUGCAAAUUGCCUUUUGAGUGCAAAAAUUUUAAUUUAGUAAAUUGUUUGGUAAUGUAAUAAAAAACAUAAAUUAAAAGCUACUCCCAAAUUUGACCAAUACCAUUGAGUAUUGAUGUACUUUAAUACUAAUUGGCAAUCCUUCCAUCACCCAGGCAAUGUGUUUCAUAAAACAAAAUUAAUUUUUUUAAAUACUCAAUUGAACUGUUGGAAUUGGAAAAAAACAUAUGUUAUUCUGUAAUUUCAGAUACUGAAAUUUGGCUCUAACAAUUAUUCCAUGCUGUACAUAUAAGUUCAAAAUAAUACAGGUGGCUUAAACGAAAAGUGUUGUGCCAAAUAACCCAUCUAUUGAUUUCCCUUAUCCACUCACCCUCUUGUUAUUGUUUGUAUAUCAUAUUUGUACUAGCAAUGUGUUGUACCUAUUUCGUUAAUGGUGUACUAAAAUUAAAUAAAUAUUAUUUAAGAUA